AUGUUCUCCAGAAUCGCCAGAAUCUCCUCCGCCAAGCAAUUGACCAAGUCGGCUCAGUUCAGACUCUACUCCUUCAAGGCUUCUGAGCAGCCACGUAUCAGAAUCGGCUCUGUGGCUCCAGACUGGACUGCUGAGACCACCAAAGGAAAGAUUUCUUUCCACGACUUUGUCGAGUCCAGCAAGAAGUGGGUUGUGCUUUUCUCCCACCCAGCUGAUUUCACUCCAGUUUGCACCACUGAGCUCGGCGCUUUCUCCAAGUUGGCCCCAGAGUUUGCCAAGAGAAACGUCACCUUGUUGGGUCUCUCUACUGAGGAUGUAGACAGCCACAAUGCUUGGAUCAAGGAUAUCGAGGAUGUCACUGGCGGUCCGUUCUCCUUCCCAAUCAUUGCUGACCCAAAGAAGGAGAUUGCUUUCAAGUACGACAUGGUCUCUGAGGAGGACUUCCAGAAGCUUUCUAACCAAAUGGUGCCUACUGUCAGAUCUGUGUUUGUCAUUGACCCAUCCAAGAAGGUGAGAUUGAUCAUGACUUACCCAGCCUCCACUGGUAGAAACUCUGCCGAGGUCUUGAGAGUCAUUGACUCGUUGCAGUUGGCUGACAAGAAGGGUGUUGUGACUCCAAUUGACUGGACUGCUGGUGAGGAUGUGAUCAUCCCACCAACUGUGUCCGAUGCCGAUGCUAAGGCCAAGUUUGGAGAGUUUGUCACCAUCAAGCCAUACUUGAGAACCACCAAGGCUCCACAGUAA